UUUUACAUUACAAUUAGUCUGUGCGCGUGCCUUUAGGAGCUUAGACUUAGCAGUGAGCAACAAAAACAAAUAGAAAUGUCACGCAUGAGUUGCGUUUUCACACUUGGCAUCGUCCUCACAGCGCUAACCGUCGCUACAACGUUAGAAAUACAACCCGCCAUCAUUGGGGGAAAUGCGGUUGACAUCGCCAAGUAUCCCUACCUCGUUUCCAUACGUUAUCGCUUGGAGCCCAACAUUGACCCAUAUUGGCAUAAAUGCGCAGGCGUCAUCCUAACGGAAACGGCUGUGCUCACCGCCGCACAAUGUUUACGUGAAAUCCUGACGGAACGUGUUAUGAUCGCUGUUGCCGCUAAUCAACGCAAAGGCAACGAAGGUAAACUCUACCCGGCUAGUAAAUGGGUUGAACACCCCAAAUUUUCUACCUACACUGCGGACUAUGAUAUUGGUUUAAUCUUCGUUGAUUUACCUUUUGAAUUCCACGGCAGCAGAACGAUGGCGCGCAGCAUUAGUAUACGUGCAGAGCGGCCUGCGGUAAAUCGUUUAGCUACUGUCGCUGGUUGGGGUUAUCGUGAGGAGUUUGGGCCAUCAUCUAAUCGCUUGGAGGAGACUAAAGUGCCUAUUGUCAGUCAGGCCGAGUGUGUCGACAUAUAUGGUGCUGGUGAGGUCAGCGAGCGCAUGAUCUGUGCAGGUAAUGUGCGUACUGGUGGUCAUGAUGCCUGUCAGGGUGAUACUGGCGGUCCGUUGGUAUAUGAGGGUGAGUUGGUUGGACUCGUCUCAUGGGGACGUGGUUGUGCACGUCCUGGCUAUCCGAGCGUUUACACAUAUGCCGCUAGUUUGAAGUCAUGGAUUGCUGAGGAGCUGCAGAAGGCGCAAGUGUGAGGAGAAAAUGUAGAAA